AUGGCUGCACGGACCGUCCCCCACGCCUACCCCAUGAGUUCGGAGUACGAGUUUGCCAGCCCCAGCAAGAUCUACGACCAGAACUUCGGGGAAGGUGUGUCCCCAUGUGAGAUUUUAGCUCCUGCCCUGUAUCAUGGCUACUACAUCAGGCCUCGGAUCAACAAGCAGCUGGAUCGAGGCACCUCCGAGAUCAGCCUCAACGACCACAAAUUCCAGGUGUUCCUGGAUGUCUGUCACUUCUUGCCGGAUGAGCUCACUGUCCGCACCGUGGACAACCUGCUGGAGGUGAUGGGGCAGCACCCGCAAAAGUCUGACCGUCACGGCUUCAUCUCCCGAGAGUUCACCAGGACCUACAUCCUCCCGCUGGAUGUCGACCCCUUGCUGGUGAGAGCCACCUUGUCCCAUGACGGCAUCUUAAGUAUUGUGGCUCCUCGGACCGGGAAGGAGGUGAAGGCCAGAGUCAACGAGGUGAAGAUAACCCACCAGAAGCAGCCGGAGGGCAAGGAAGAACAGCCCAAGGAGGAACAGCCCAAGGAGGAACAGUCCAAGGAAGAGAAAGAGAAAGAAGAAUCCUAA